CCUCUUGUCGUCAAGAACACCCUAACGCGCUGUGCUCUCUGCCUGCGCGCAAUCAUCCCUCCAUUAGUCACUUCGCUCAGCAUUCGUUUUAACAUCUCGAAAUAAUCAGCGAUCGUCCUGCAAGCUCUUUGUGUGCCUGUACACUAGCAGGUGAAUUAGCCUAAUUAGCCGCCGCCAAGUUCCUGUGAUUGCCUUCGCAUUCUCCUUCAGGCUUGAGAGUCAACAUCAAGUUGAGUCAUCAUUGUAGUGGGCCACUCUCGCAAAUCUGAACGCCCACUGCAGGUAAGGCAGCCUCAACCGGCACCAUGAGCGGUGUACCAGAGAAUACAGAUGGUGUGCAGGCUGAGCUUCCAGCAGAUGCCGGUGUGGAUGCCAGGGCUCUUGGCGAAAUCAAAGAGCCUUUGAUAGCGGCUGAAGCCCAUACGACAGACAUCGAAGAUGCGGAUGCGGACGCGGAUGCGGAUGGCGAGGCCGAUGAGGACGCUGAAGGGGAAGUAGAUGAUGGAAUCACCGCAAAUGGGGCAGAGUCUGCGCCUGGAUUGAAGGAUGAGGGCUCGUCGGAAACAGCGCCUGCUCAGCCCAGCUCUACGCCAGCUACAAAGAACGAAGACACUUCUGCAGACGACGAUAGCGACGUCGGAAUGGAAGAUGACGACAGCGAUGACGUGCCACCUAAAGGCCCUCAGACCUCGGCCGGCCACACUCAGCCGAAAGCUGAUGAUGCUAACUCGAGUCAGUCUGGCCAGCCCGACGGUCUUUCGAGCCAACAAACGAUAGCGACGCUCAGCAACGGCACCUCUGAGAGCUCCACAGAAAUGUCAGAUGCGAUGCGUGCCGCCAUGGCCGCACUGAGCGGAAUCAGCCCCGUGACCGGAGACGACGGGCAAUCGGCUGCAGUCAAGCAAGAGGCGACGGCAGCUCCGGCAGAGAGCACAAUUGCGCCGACGCCAGAUACAGCUAAUGCAGCUCUCGCUCCAGCUCCCGCUUCGGCUCCUGCUUCUGCGCCUGCAGCUCCCGCCGCGAUGAUGGCCGCUGCAAAAGGUCCAGAAGAACGGCGGAAUGAAUUGACUCUGCGAGUGACUCGAGAGCCUCGUGACGGUGAUGCUUGGCUGCUGCUGAUCGAGAAUGCAAUUGAAGCUGGGGACAUCGAUGCUGCAAGAGCUCGAUACGAGGAGUUUUUCAAGGUAUUUCCCAACGCAUCUCGUCAAUGGCAGAACUACGCGCAGCUCGAGCUCUCGCUAUCUCACACUACAUUUCCCUUGGUGGAGUCAAUUUUCACGAGAUGCUUGCGGACUACGCCUUCUGUGGACUUGUGGUCCUCCUACCUCUCAUACACGCGGCGUGUAAAUCCUUUGCCACCAUCUUCAGCUCCUCCAGAGGAGCGCGAGAAAGCACGAAGGACGAUCGAAGGCGCAUACGAAUUUGCACUCAAAUUCAUCGGCCAUUCUCGAGAUGCCGGAGAAGUUUGGCGCGAGUACAUUCAGCUGUUGAAAGACCGAGAGGUGGCGCCAAAUAACCAAUGGCAGGCUGGUCAAAAGAUGGACGACAUUCGCCGCGCGUAUCAGCAAGCCGUAGCCAUUCCCUUGUCGAAUGUCGAGGCUGUUUGGAGGGAGUAUGAUCAAUACGAGACCGGUUUGAACAGGAUAACGGCCAAGAAAUUUCUUGCGGAGCGCUCGCCUGCUUACAUGACUGCUCGAAGCGCAUUAAAGGAGAUGCGAUCUUUGACAGAGAUUUUGCAUCGUCCAAUCUUGCCCCGCGUUCCGUCGUGGGCUCAAUCCGCUCUGCAACGACUUCAACAAGGCAACGAUGCCGGUGCCAUUGCGAUUCGUUCGCGAGCAGCUCAGCGCGAGAGGGGACAAGCAGAGAGCUGGAAGAGGUAUCUCAAGUGGGAAGAGAGCAACCCUCUAGAGCUCGAGGAUCUGACUACGCUCCACACGCGGAUAAUCAUGGCGUACAGGAAAGCGACCAUGCACAUGCGGUUCUUUGCUGAAAUUUGGUACAUGGCGGCGCAGUAUCUGGAAGGUGCCGAGCGUCAGGAUGACGCCAAGUCUUGGUUAAGAAUUGGGAUGGGGGCGUGUCCCGGAAGCUUCUUAUUGCGCUUUGCCUACAUCGAGCUCUGCGAGGCGACAAACGAGACGUCUGCCUGUGCACCGGUCUUUGCUGAGCUUUUGGAGCACGUGCAUGGCCAGAUCGAAGCUGUGCAGGAAUUUGUAAAGUCAAAGCACGAGAAGAUUGACGAAGAAGGCGUUGCCGCAGCUGCGGAAGCUGCAGCAAAGCGCAAAGAUUCUGGUGAAGCUGAUGAGAACGUCGGCGGCGACGAACGUGAAGAAAUCAGAAAAGCCGAGGAGGUUCGGACACAGAGGAAGAAUGUUGAGGAUGAGAAUGCCAAGCCUGUGCUUGAAGAACUUAAGGAGUCAGCAGCUUUGGUUUGGAUCAAGCAGAUGCACUUUGUUCGUCGGAAUGAGGGAGUGCGUCCCUGCAGAGCUAUCUUUGGCAAGGCACGCAAGAGUCCACACUGCACGUGGCAGGUCUACGAGGCGAAUGCGUUGAUGGAGUAUCACUGCUCAAAGGACGUAGGGGUAGCGACACGAGUCUUUGAAGUUGCACUCAAAACGUUUGGAAGUGAUGAAGCUUUCGUCGUCCGAUACCUCGACUUCCUCAUCAGCAUCAACGAUGACAAUAACGCUCGCGCUCUGUUCGAGAGGACUGUCAAUUCUUUCGAGCCAAAUCGCGCUAGACCUCUGUGGGAUCGCUGGUGCGACUACGAAUACAGCUUUGGCGACCGCGCGGCUAUUCAAAGACUAGAGCAACGUCUGCGAGAAGUCUACCCAGAUGAGCCCGCUAUCAAGCGUUUCGUCGAUCGCAACACAUACAUGGACUUGGACGUGAUCAGUUCGAAAGAUCUGGGCUUUGAGGCGAGCUUGGACGGUGCAAAUGCAGCGGAUCGAGCAGUAGCUGCGUCGCGAAUGGCGUUUGAUGAUGGCUCUAGCGUGGGUGCGGGUAUGGCAGCAGCCAAUGCCGCUGCAGAAUCUGCCCGCGCCGUCACGGGGGCGAAGCGAGAGUUCAACGAAGACGCGCCUGGUGCGAUCGCUAGCAACGGUCAAGUCGAGAGGGCCGCAGGCCAGAAGCGCGCACGCUUCGAGGAUGAUGCCCCUGGUGGACGAAGGAGGAGCGUAAGCCCGACGCCGAGAGCGCCCAUUCCCACGCGGUCUGGAGACUUGGUCCCUGUGCAGCAGCAGCAGCCCGUGGCGUAUGGCAACCGCGGCGCGCCAUUACCCCCUCAAGGAGGGCCCCAAGGCCAUCUGGGUGGCCGCGGACCACCGCCUGCGGCCGCUGUUCCAGCACCACAAGCUCCGCCCUUCUCGGAGCCCAUUCUUUUCUUCAUGGAUAUAUUACCCGGGGCACGAUUCUUCGGGCCACCUCUGCUCCCGGUCGAUGAAGUUAUCAAUUGUCUGCGAGAAGCCAACGUCGCCCUGCCGCCACCCGGCAAUGGUGGCGGCGAUGCGUAUGGACGAGCUCCCGCUGGUCAACCAGGCUGGGCAAACCGUGCCAACAGGACUGGAGGAGGUCGUCCUCGAGGGGGAAGGCGCUUUUGAAGAAAGACGAGACAAUCAAACAGCACAAUGGCACAACAGCACACUGGCUCGCCCAAACCAAGCCCCGCUCCGCCUGCGAAAGGGCGCUCGUCUGAGUCUCAAUGUCAUCAUUUAUGUCUUGGCGCCUCCAUCGCUCGCAGAUUUGCGACUGCGCGGUUCGGAGACGUGCAGGCCUGGCCUCUUUGCGCGGCACGCACGACAGCAGCGACGGCCAGAACAACGAUUGUAAAGCUCUUUGGUCACGCGACGUAUCUUCUCAGCAAACAAGUAGACCAAAAAGCUCCUCAUUGCCUCAGCUGUAGUCGCAAGGCGCAGCGUCGGUCUGUAAGGCAGCCUAAUGAACGCUCUGCUUAGGAAUGAUCGAGGUGCUCGAUGGGACUUAGCGAAGCAAAUA